AUGCCCUUCUUCCACGCGGGUGGAGCGGCGGUUAAGCGAGGACUUCCCAUCUUCGACUUGCCGCACUUCAAGGCCAUUCUCCUCCGCCAGAUUCAGGACCUGGACCUCACUCAUUUCGGCUCGCUACUAGCAAUUGCCAGUCUCUUACCGGCGGCAUGUCGAUAUAUACAACGAGCCUGGCAUGAUGCUGCGACCUGCGUGAAACGAUUUUUCAUCUCCUCGAUUACGAUUCCUGCCGGCGACCCCAUUAACCGAAGUGUCACGACAUGGCUCCUGGAUAAUGUUAUAUACCCACGAAACUUACGAUUUCACACUGCUCGGACGGAGUUGGGUCGAGAUGUUCAGGACCCGGGUGCGAGUCUGAAGAAAUCUCAGCGAAGUGUGGCGUACCUCCCACACUGGGAAUCAGCUUGGUUCUGGCACGAAGGACGACUGUUCGCCAUCUCGCGAUCUCUGGACAGCUUCAACGCGGCCAUGAGCGAUCCAAGUUACGACGGAAUUGGUGGUGAGGAAAUCAAAAUCUCCUCUUUAGGCCUUCAAUCCGAGCCGAUCAAAGAAUUUGUAGAGCGUUGUCGACAAUAUGCAGAGAGUAAGUCUCAGUUCUAUGUCAUCAUCUACAGUCGAGAUCGAUACGGACUCUCUUGGAAGCCGAAGUAUCGCAAACCCUUGCGGCAGCUUGAGACGGUGCACUUUGACGAUGAGGUCAAGACGAACUUGAUCGCGGAUAUCAGGAAUUACCUGGACUUGAGGACGAGAAAGUUGUAUCAAAGUCGGAGUAUGCCUUAUAGGAGAGGCUAUCUUUUCUAUGGACCGCCUGGAACCGGCAAGUCAUCCCUCUCAACAGCGAUUGCUGGAGAGUUUGGUCUGGACCUGUACGAGGUGAAAGUCCCCAGCAUCAAGGACGAUGGCGAGCUGGAACAGAUGUUUCAAGAGAUUCCACCACGUUGCAUUGUUUUGCUGGAAGACAUCGAUGCAGUGUGGUCUGCAAGGGAACAGCGCAUUGAUGCUGAGAAUGGAUCGGCUGUCACGCUCUCAGGACUGCUCAACGUUCUCGAUGGAGUUGGGUCUCAAGAAGGUCGUGUUGUCAUCUUGACGACCAACAAACCCGAACGGCUUGACAGCGCGCUCGUCCGUCCUGGCCGAAUCGACUUCAAAGUCUAUAUGGGCAACAUCAGCCGUGCUUCAGCGGCACAAAUGUUCAUGCGAAUGUUCGCGCCCGACUUGCUCGGUCAGAACAUGGUGAGAGAACACAAAAAAACACGAUCCUCCGCUAGAAGCCUUGAGAGUGGCGACUUCCUGAACGAGUUCGUGACGUUGGAACAGUUGAAGAUGUUGGCAACUCAGUUCGCCGAUCAAAUACCGGAGAAUACCUUCACGCCAUCGCAAUUGCAAGGCUUCUUUCAGCUGCAUCUGAACAGUGCUGUAAGGGCUGCUGAGAGCAUCGGAGCUUGGGUGCGAAGGGAGAUGAGCGUGAAAGAAGAAGGCGAAUUCGACAUAUGUUGA